GAUUGCCCGAAUAAAAGCGCGAGUCCAUGUUGGAAGCGGCCGGAUCGGGGUUUGUCGCGAUGCCGUUCGCAGGGAUUCACGAUCGGCGAGGGACGCGUGCAUCUGCACUUUGUCCGUGACGAGAGCUUCUAAACGAUGUAUUGGACCCGCAUGUGUGUUUGAAAUUGUCAUGCAUCGCUAUGGCUUUAAUGCCCUGCCAUUGAGCUCCAAACCUACAUUUGCUCUUGCGAUGCUGAUGAGGAUGCAGGCGGUGGCUAUGGCGAUGGCGGUGUUGGCGAUUUGGGUCGCGCUUUUUGGAGCAGGGAUUGCAUCGGGAGUUUCCCUGGGAGACGGGGACGCAGGAGGCACAAUUGGGUUUUCCACACUGGGUCGAUUGAGUUUCGCUUUCGAUGUGUACACGGUCGUGUUUUCGCAGAUGGGAGUGCUGCGGGGCGGUGGUGGUGGAGUUGGGGAUUUUCAGGAGACGCGUGUGACGUUGGGAGAGUCGGUGAACUACAACGCGCAGCUGGUGGAGUCCACUUGGGGGUCUGCAGUCGUGGAGAGGUUGAGGCGCAACGGGCACAAGCUGGAAGGGUCGGGAUCGGAUGUGCCGGAGUUGCUUUUGUACGUAUCAGAAGUUGAAGGCAGCCCGCAAUUGUAUCUUGACGUUCCGUUGACAGGUUCUGAAGAGGAUCGCCUUCCGACAAGAAGCUCGCGGCGCAUUGAGUUACUAGCAGACAGACUGAAUGCUCCCUCGAAGGCUUUUCUCAAUGACAGGCCAUCAAUGAUCGGAGACGUGUUUAUAUUCGUCUCUACCGAAGAAGAUGUUGGAAAGCCUGUCCAGGGUUGGAACGCCGUUUAUUCCUUGAAUUUUAUAACCUCUGUCGUCAAACGCUUGACUCCGCCAGGGAUCACUGACUACAGCCCUGCUGUCUCUCCUUCUGGUGAGUGGGUUGCAGUGGGUUCCAAUGAAGGACGGGGCUGGCAACGAGAGAUCGAAGCAUUAAAUUUGGAUCUCUAUAUUUUCAAAGCAGAAGACGGCUCUCAAAGACGAAUGAUAGUAAGAAAUGGAGGUUGGCCUACCUGGAUGGACGACAACACCGUAUACUUCCACCGCAUUGCGGAUGAUGGAUGGUGGAGCAUAUUCAAAGUUAAUGUGUCGGAUACAAGUGCGGAUCAAGUAGCCGAGAGAGUAACACCCUCAGGAGUGCAUGCCUUCACUCCUGCAGCUUCAAGGUCCGGAAAGUGGAUUGCAGUUGCUACCCGGCGUGCGUCGUUUCGGCACAUUGAAAUAUUUGAACUGGAAUCAAAGAAGUUUUUCCCACUGACAGCUCUCAUCAACCCUAAUACGCAUCACUACAACCCCUUCGUGUCUCCUAGCUCAAAUAAAAUUGGAUAUCAUAGAUGCAGAGGCCUUGAUCAGGACGCUCAGACUGUAGACCCUCAAAUUGAGUAUCAGAAAUCACCUCUCCCAGGUGUCUCCCUGGCCCGAAUAAAAGGUAGUUUCCCCUCCAUUUCUCCAGAUGGGUCGCUCGUUUCCUUUGUUGACAGCGGGAAUGACUCCUCAACCUUGGCUGUGAUGAAGCUGGACGGUUCGGAGAAUCGUGUAAUCCACCGGAGUAAUGUCUUUGGAGAGAGAUGGGAUCCCAAAGGGAAGACAAUAUAUGCAUCACAGGGGCGAGUCUUUGCCUCCGUAAAAACUGUAGUACGCAUAGUUGCAAUCCAAGAUUCUGACACUGCAGACCUUGGCGCUGAUGAGACAAGCCACAACUACAAAUACUUGACAAAAGAAGGUACAGGAAACAACGCGUUCCCAUGUCCUUCACCUGAUGGCAAGUAUGUCGUAUUCCGCUCUGGACGGACAGGGCGCAAGAAUCUUUACAUCAUGGAUGCUGCUGGAGGCGAAGAGAAGUAUUUGCGACGACUCACUGAAGGGCGUUGGAGGGAUACUAUGCCAGCUUGGUCACCCGACAAUGAAUGGAUUGCAUUCUCGUCCAACCGGGCGCAUCCAACUGGUGAGAGAUCGUUUUCUUUGUAUCUCAUCCGACCCAAUGGAACGGACCUUCAUAUGCUGCUGGACACUGGAGUAGGGGGACUUGCCAUGCACGCUGUUUUCAGCCCUGAUAGUAAGAGAAUCGCCUUUACGAGCAACUGGGCUGGUGUCUCAGCUGAGCCUAUCUCUUUCCCCCACGCGUACCAACCGUAUGGGACCAUUUUCGUUAUCAAUAUUGAUGGUACUGGGCUCACCAGGUUGACACACAACGCUUACGAAGACGGGACUCCGACAUGGGGACGGCUACCUUUACCAAAGCCAGCUAUUUCAUCUGACGGUAGGAGGAGUUCGUGCGAUUUUGAUGAUGUCUCGUUUCUAAGCCCGCCAGGACUCCAAACAAAGAAGCCUCGUGGUCAAUGUCCAUACAGCUUGGGCACCUAUGUUAAUGCAGCAGCUCAUGUGACAAGUGGUUACCUUUAAUCGAGAGAAUCCCUGUGCAAGCAUGAUGGCAAAGCAAUACUUUCGAUUUCUCGAAAAGGUUCAUUAGUUUGUGUUCUAGAGUUCCUGGAGCGCUUUUCGUUUGGACUAGAUGCGAGAAGUUUAAAAAAAUCCAUGUUGUAUAUACAUGAAACAUAGAGGAUUGAGUGGAGUAAGCAAGGAAGAGAAUUUAUUACUGCCAAUCCAGUCAUGAGUGUCUGUUUCGUAGUUGUUCAUUGUACAUGAUUAGUAACAAAAGGGAAAUGGUUCACAGCAGAGUGGGCAAUUACAUGCUUUUUAUUAUGGUGUAUAUAUAUAGAUAUAUAUAUAAAAUAUCAUACUUUUCAAACCCAAAAA